UUGGUCAUGGUGGUCACUGAAAGCCUCUUUCUUUCCAGCCUGUGCCUUUGCUGGUCUCUGGAACUGUGUCACCAUCAACCCCCUGAACAUCGCGGCUGGCGUGUGGAUGAUGCUCAACGCCUUCGUCCUGUUCCUGUGUGAGGCCCCUUUCUGCUGCCAGUUCAUCGAGUUUGCCAACAGCGUGUCCGCCAGGGCCGACAAGCUGCGGGCCUGGCAGAAAGCAGCUUUCUACUGCGGGAUGGCUGUGUUCCCUGUCAUGCUCAGCCUGACGCUGACCACGCUCUUCGGCAACGCCAUCGCUUUCGCCACCGGGGUGCUCUAUGGUCUGUCGGCCCUUGGAAAGAAGGGAGAUGCCAUUUCCUACGCCCGCAUCUACGAGCAGCAGAAGCAGAUGGAUGAAGAGAAGCUGACGGGGACCCUGGAGGGACAGGCUCUCUGAAGGACACAAGCUUGGGGUAGCAUCUCCUGGACACGGAGACGGUGAAGACGUGGAAAUCCACCCUGCCCUUCCUUCUGUCCUCUCACUCCUUGCUACACCACGAUUUC